UUGUUUACGUCGCAGACGUGACAGUCGACUUUGCGGCGGCGACGGAAACAAACUGCCGCUACGUGUUAAUGCUGCUCACCGACCGCGUGUUUGACAGUAAAGAGAUUUGCACGUCAGUAUUUCUGCAGAGGGCUCCACAUGACACAGGUAACAAGGGAGCAUUUCGGUGAAAAUGUGGAGAAGUGGACUCUGCAGACUCCACAGGUGUCAGCCGAGAUUCUGACGCUCGGCUGCGUCAUUAAAUCCGUCAGCUGUCAAUCAAAGGACGGACAGGUGGAUGACGUGGUACUGGGCUACGAUCACCUGGAAGGUUACGUAGCGGACCGGCGGUACUUCGGGGCAUUGGUGGGUCGCGUGGCCAACAGGAUUGCAGGAGGCCGGUGUGUCCUGGAGGGAACGGAGCUCCGCCUGGACGUUAACAACGGGCCAAACACGUUGCAUGGAGGACUCAUAGGAUUCAAUAAGGCCGUCUGGCAUGCUGAGCCGGUGAAUGGAGGGGUUUGUUUGAGUCAUGUCAGUCCAGAUGGUGAUCGGGGUUUUCCUGGAGAGCUCCAUGUCUCCAUCACCUACAGGCUGCAGGGUGAAACAUUGACAGCCAAUUAUGAGGCUCAGACCACCAAGACGACCCCCAUCAACCUCAGCAACCACUCCUAUUUCAACCUGGCCGGCCAGGGUACUGCAGAUAUCUAUGACCAUGAAGUGUCUAUCAAUGCUCAGUCUUACCUACCUGUGGACGACACAAUGAUUCCUACAGGUGAGGUCAGAGCAGUGGAGGGGACGCCCUUUGACCUCAGAAAGGCUGUUUUGAUUGGCCCUCGGCUGAAGGAGGUUCCAGGGCCCGGAUUCGACCACACUUUCUGUCUGGCUUCACCUGGAGACCCCUGGAAAGAGAGACACACUGCCAGGGUGUGUCAUCCACCAAGUGGGCGUGUCCUUGAGGUUUCAACCAGCCAACCAGGAGUCCAGUUCUACACCGCCAACUUCCUGGACGGCUCUCUGUCAGGAAAGGCUGGAGUCCGAUAUGGGCCGCACAGUGCCUUCUGUCUGGAGACACAGAACUGGCCUGAUGCUGUUAACAAGGCCUCUUUCCCUGACUCUCUUCUACGUCCCGGUGAGAAAUAUCAACACGUCACACACUACACCUUCACAACCAUCUGACCUCCUAAAGAUGAAGAUCUUUCACCUCAUGUGAUCUUGGCCCUCACGACUUCCUGUCGGCACCUUCAACACAAAACUUGGAAGACUUGAACCACCGCAUUCCAGAUGGUGAACAAGGACGAGGAAGUUCGGACCAACUUUGGAGGCGUUCAGAGAGAAGAAUCCUGUUGCCGGUCUGUAAUCCUCGUAACAGAAAUAGUCAUUUGGAAAACGCAUCUCCAGUAAUCCAGAAAGUUAAACAUUACUUAGUAAGAACGCAGAUGGGGAUUGGUAUAGCUAUAUAAAAUAAUGAUAUGUGUUAAUCCAGGGGUUCAGAAAUGUGUGGAACAAAAUGACCAGACAGAUGAAAACAACAGGGCAUUCCCUGACACAUGAUUAAGUGCAAACAAUAGAAGUAAAGAAAUGAAGAGACUUUAUAUUUGUUGAAAAUUAAGAAUGUGAAGUUUUACAGUAGGCAAUGUAAUUCAAAGCCGUAGAUUUGACCAAAUAUAUGUGUGAUUUCUGUAUUUUUAGCACCGUCCAUGUUGAUGUCGCCAUCUGACUCCAUGUCUCAUUAACCUGUGCUUUAUUCUGUCGACUCUUAAAUGUGGACCAUUUUACAAGACGAUUCACCGUCUUUAAUUAUUCACGGAAUAAAGAG